ACAUCACGUAGUCUUGUGGAUUUCACUUUCCAUUUCACACACACACCCCCUCCUCUGUGAUCCACCCUGACAUCCAGGAGCCUCCCCCACCAUCCAUCUCUCCUCCUCAGCACUCUGCGCUGCAACACGGCGCCACAAACACUCACUCUCCGGCUCCAUUUACGACAAAGCAACGGGAUUUUCCACAGAUUUUCUUCUUUUUUUUUUUUUUUUAGACAUUGUUUGCAAAUACAUCGUGGCUUUAGAGAUGCUGCCUGAUUCUGGGGGGUUUUGAGAAUAACGUUACCACGAUGCAAAAACCAGGGACGCUCCGGCUGAAUUGAAACAGGCACGGAAUUAAAAAGGCAGCACACACAGGACCAGACCACAAACAGAGGCUUGAUUUUGCUCUCAGCAUGGCUGUAAACAUGAUGCCAGGCCCUGACAUAUGGCCAGGGGAAGAACAGCCGUCUCUGCUGGACCAGGAGGGCUCUCUGUCGAGCCAAGCCCCCGCCUCGUUGCAGGGCCAACCAGUCAGCGGUGACCAGCUCAUCCACAGCAGCCCAGCCAGCACAAGACCCCCUCGCAGCAAAUCCAAAGGAGAGCUAGUGAUAGUGAUCAACGAGAAGCUGAAGAACAGUAAUGGGAUCCACCAAACACCUACUGAGAGCUCCUCUCCAGUCAUCUCCUCCCCUCCCAGAAGACAGCACUCCAUCUCCUACCCCCAUCAUGGCAAGACUAGGAAGGGGAGCAGGGCGAGUUCUAUCGGCUACACCGCCUUCUCACCCAGGCCGUCACUUUCUCGACACUCCAGCAUCGCCACCAACCCACCUCUGGACCGCACCAAAGUCAAAGACUACCUCCUUCUGUCUGUGCUGGCCUGCUUCUGCCCUGUGUGGCCCAUCAACAUCGUGGGAUUUGUCUACUCCAUCAUGUCCAAGAACAGUCUGGAGCAGGGGAACCUGGAUGGAGCCGUGCGCCUCGGACGAGUGGCUAAGAUGCUCUCCAUGGUGUCACUAGUAGGAGGGACGGUCAUUAUCAUCGCCUGCAUUGUCAACCUGGCCAUAAAUGUGAAAACCUGAGUUUCAUCCCAGGAUGAAACUGGAUAAGGCUGAAAACUGACCAUCCGGCCCGCACCUGCACCACCGUCUUUACCGCCUAGUCAUUACCUGGAUGUGUGACAAAUAUGCACCCGAUAUACAGUGCUUACUUAUAUCUCUGUAAUCUAUAUAAAUCCCUUUUGUUAAUGGAGGAAAAUAAAAUAUGCAAAUGCUGCUGCUCUGAGUUGGCCGGGUGGGGUGGGGUGGGGAAGGGUGGGGAAAAGGGGGUUGUCCGUCUGGUGAGAAGGGAGAAGACAGUCUAAUCAGUCCCUUUGUAUUCUGGUCAACACAUUCAGAACGAUUCUCGAGAAAGACACAGAAAAAAAAAAAAAAACUCUUUGAGAAUUCUUUCAUCAGUCAGAAGGGACUCAGAGAGAGGUGGACUAGAAAGCUCAAAGACCAACGGAUGGGGUACAAAGUGUCCUCCCAACUUCAGCUCCACAUAGAAGUACCAACCAAAUAUCCGCCUGGACUGGACCUAUCAGAGUGUCAGCUUCCUGUUAAAUCUCCUCGGAUACGUGGAGAGGCUCUGGAAAUUUGGGGCCUCAUUGGAAUUACAGAGCAAGAAAUUCAUCCCUCACAUGGAAAAACCAAAUGUCACUCUGCAUCACUUUGUUUGAGACUCACUUCUCUAAAUCCCAUGUCUUCUUGUGUUUGAGAGCGGGCGUACGGUUGGUAAAAGAGCAUGAAAUAGAGGCUUACCAAGGACUAGCUGUGAGUGCUAAAACGAAAGGGAUUAUGAAAAGUCUCACACACAUGUCACAGUCAUCACUGUAAGGAAGAACUGUAAGGGAAAAAAAAAGAAUUUAGAGGGAAAUGUUCUUGCUUUGUAAAGAAGACCCAACUCUAAUCACAGAAUUGCUGUUGCAGAGAGGAACAUCAAAACGUGUUUUUUUGCUCUGCUGCACCUUUUCCUUUCUAUGUGACCACUGUGAGCCGGGGGGAAGGGUACACGUUCACCAAAAAAAAACCCUCUGUAGCAAAAAAAAAACAAGCAUAAUUGUUUUUACAAAGAAGCUAGUUAUGCUACGUCAUAUAUAAACUUUUGAUAAUAUUUGUAAAACAUUUUGAAACUAGCAGGAUUAUGAAACAGGAUGCUUUUGAAAGGCUGCCCUGCAGAUGACAGGUGGUGGAAGUAUUGUAUGUACAGGGAGAUCGUAUUUGGUUAACAAAUUUAAUAGCUUUGUGAUUGCAAACAGAGUUGUGGCUGUAGCCUCAGAGUCUCACUAGCCUGAGCUUUCAAAGCAGACAGUGUGCCCCCCCCCCCACCCCACCCCCCAAUAACAACCCCUUAAAUAUAUAGCAGCCACCACUCUUACUAUGCCUGUUUAGUUGCCAUCCAAAGGAGGAUUCCUUCUCUACAAGGUGAAUCUGUAAACCACAGGUUAAAGGUAAAAUGCUUUCAUGGGUUUCAAUCUGGUUUCUAUCUAUUGUUCUAUUUCCUGUGUGUCCUUAACUAACCUCUAAUCUUUAUCUACCUGUCAUGCUCACUGUGAACUGAAACAUCAAGAAUGGGUCAAAUGCUAUUUAUCUGCUUUAUACUGGAUUUUAAAUCAUGUACAGAAACACCACAACCUCAAAGUCUUGUCACACCUGCAGACAAUUUUGUAAAGAUGAAUGUGGCAUUUCUCUCCCUCUGUUAGUACUUAAUAUGUACAUUUAAUUGUAAUCAGCAUUUGAUGUGUUCUGCAGAUAUAGAUCUUAUUAUUGUGAUAACUCUCUAGUUGGUAUGAGUUAGCAUCAAGUAGUUUGGAUCUAACAUAGGCACACAAGCUGUCCUCCAGACAGUCGUUGUAUUACCAUGGGGCUUCUAUAAUCUUUGUGGUUAUUGGCAUGUUGUGGGUUUUUUAUUCAUGUAAAAUGAUACAAAUUGAAAAUGACAAAGAUAGGCUGGCACUUGGAAUAUUAUAAUUCUGCAGCACAUUCAUAAUAAAGACACAAUGCAUGCAAA